CAAAGCCUUAUCGGCCCAUUCUCAGUAAACAGUUAGCUUCAAGGUGUGUUUCGCGCCUUGAGGGAAACGUUCUGGCCAAUCAAAUCACUUCCACAAUGUCACGUGAGAAUGGGAGUGAUUUGAAACACGCGACCAGGCCCUGUCCAGUCGUCAGUUGGAUUGUACGUGAAUGGUAAUGCCGUUGACGAUACGUUGAUGAACUAGAAGAUAGCUGUUGUUCGAUUUCUGGAAAGAUUUUGUCACAUUUUUUUCGUUGUUGUAGAAGCGCAGGUCUUACUUGUAGUAUCUAUAUCACGUUUAAAUAAACCACUGCCAGGUAAAUUUGACUCAGAGAAAUGGCUUCUGCAGUAUCUCAAGCAGUCAAUUCUACGAGGAAUAGCGUGGCAUUCGAAGUCUUCUUGAGUCCCAAAGUGCAGAAUGCAAGAAAGCCGCGACUAACUCCAUUGAAAGGAAAAGAAAAUUUAAACAUACAGCUGCUGGAAGAAAAACAGCUAGCCGCCGAAAAACGAAGAAAGAGUAUGGAAGGUGAAUUUUUGGCCAAAGCAGCAAGCAGAAGUGAACAUGUUGUUCAAGUUCAGCAGAAUAAACAGCAGACAGUUGCAGAGAAAAGCAGAAUGGCAGAGGAAAAGCUCAAGCAAAAGAUGUGUACACAUUCUGAAAACAAGGAAGCACAGAUUAAAGCAUUGUACAGCCGCCUUCAUGCGAAGGAACAACACAUCAAAGAAGUGCAAGCAAACCUGCGAGAGAUAAUUGCAUCAUUUUCUAAAAAAGCAGAGGAGAAGAUUCAACAAAAGGAAGCUGUAAGCAAGGAAAACCUUGAAUUACACCGCAAAGCCCAGGUGGAACGCUGGCAAGCUCAUGAAAAGCGCAUUCAAGAGGUAUUGGCUACUUUGCAAGAGAGUGUUGAGAAGCAAUCCAAAACAGCUGAGGUUAACCUGCAGCAGAAGAUGGAAACUACUGCAGAGAAGCGAGAAGCUUUGAUCCGUUCACUUCAGGAGAGACUGCAGUUUAAGUCUCAGAAGAUUGAACAAGCACGGCAACUUGUAGAUGCUCUUGUUCAGGAACAAAGCAAAGUUUGCAAACAGAAGUUACAGCAGAAACUGGAACAAUCAGAGGAGAAACGCAAUGCACUGCUCAGAGCUUUACAAGAAAGAUUGGAGGCACACGACAAGCAUGUAGAGGAGGUUCACCAACAAGUUAAGACACAGAGAGCAGAGAAAGCUCAGGGUUAAAAACAGAGAUUGAUUCAUGACCAUCACUUGUAGCAAAAAUCAUAAUUAAUACUCUUCCUUAAAUAUCAUGGCUCUGAGAUAGUCGUUUUCAAAGGAUUUUCACACAUUAAGUUGUUAAAUUUGGAACUUCACCUGGAACUUGAGUUAAAUGUCAAUGAUAAUUGUUCAUGAAACAAAAUUAAGAUAUUAUUGUCUAUUUUUGUGUUUGACAAUAAGGAUUUCAACACAGAUCCAAGGAUUCUGUUAUGAUUAAAUUUUGGGAAGAAAUUUUGUACACUUCUCCAUAAAAAGAGUUGAAAUUGUUGAGA